AUGGCGCAACCCUACGACUACAUUUCCAAAAUUGUGUCCCUAGGCGACUCUGGCUCAGGGAAAUCCAGUCUGACGAUCCGCCUCUGCGAAGGACGCUUCGUCUCCCACCACGAUGUCACAAUCGGCGUAGAAUUCGGCUCAAGGAUCGUCCCCGUAGGCCCACCCGCAAGUCUCGAGCACAAUAUCAACAACCCAAGCAGCAGCAGUCCCACGGAACCGGUGGUGCAAAAUACUACAGGUGGCAGAGGUGCGAAGAAGGAACCCGAGCAGAAACAUAUGAAGCUCUCAUUAUGGGAUACGGCUGGGCAGGAAACUUACAAGUCUAUCACGAGAUCCUACUUUCGAGGCGCAUCGGGGGCACUGCUGGUCUUUGAUAUCUCGAGGAGGAACACUUUUGCGUCUGUGACUGCUUGGCUGCAUGAUCUGAGGCAGAUUGCAGAGGAUGAUAUCGUUGUGGUGUUGGUGGGGAACAAGUCUGAUCUCGCGAAGGAUAAGAGGCAAGUCGAGGUGGCAGAGGCCRAGGCGUGGUGUAAGGAGAACCGCGUGAUGCAGUACGUGGAAACGAGUGCAAAGAGCGGAGAGAAUGUUGAGCGGGCGUUCUUAGAGGUUGCAGAAAGGAUAUAUCAGAAUAUCGAGGCUGGAAAGUACGAUCUGAAUGACCGAAGAAGUGGUGUCAAAGGUCCUGGAGCUGGAGGUGGAAGGGCUGUCAACUUGGGAGCUGCGGAUCGCAAUGUCGCGAAGAAGGCCGGGUGUUGCUGA